AUGUUAACAAGCUGCAAGGCAUUGUCUGUGGUGGCCAUGAGCCUCGUACUCAAGAGGCUGUCGGCGCCGCGGCUGGAGGCGCGCUCCUCGUCCGAGCCGCAGCUGUCGCGCCUGCCGCCGGGCCUGACGGUGGACGAGCUGCCCCGCUACCGCCGCCGCCGGCCGCCGCAGCACCUCUGUCCGCAGGACAACCUGAGGCCGGCGCGCGACGCCUCCUUCAAGGCCGUCAAGUCCGAGUACCGGCGCCGCUUCCUCUCCUACCCGCUACAGGCGUCUACGGAGCAAGCGUCCCAGUACGUGCGCCACGGGUCGCCGGCGCGCGCGCCGCUUCUGCGCAGGCGCACCAGCCUACGUACGGAGGGCGACCUGCUCGUGCGCGAGUCUGAGCUGCGAGCGCGCUUCAAGAGGCUGCAGGGCGCACAGCGCGCCGAGCUCGCGCGACGGCCCACCACACUCAGGAUGGAGGGCGAGAUGGAGACGCGCACUGAGCACCUGGAGCGCUUCUGCGAGCCCGGGUCGGGCGCGCGGCGCGCCGAGCUGAGCAAGCGGCGCACGCAGCUGCAGCUGGAGGGCGAGCUCGCCCGCGACACGGAGUCCCGCGCCAGCUUCGCGCCGCCGGCGCCCCCUGCCGAGCGCCGCCCGCAGCUGCGCAGGCGCGCCACCAACCUGCGCCUCGACGCCGACCAGUCGGCGCAGCUCAGCUCCGAGUACCGCGCGCUGUUCGCGGACUUCCCGCUGCGCGACCCGCCCGUGCGCCGGCGCCCGCCUCAGGGGAACCUCGCGCCGGGCCCCGGCCAAAUGGAGAAGGUGACGGAGAAGCGGGCGCAUUUCGUGGACUGGACGGGCGUGGCGGAGCGGCCGCGUCCGCACCGGCGCAGCUCGAGCCUCAAGCUGGAGAUGGAGAUGGCCGGCGGUAGCGGCGGCGGCGCGGUGCUGCCCGAGUACCGGGAGCGCUUCGUGGAGUUCCCGGCGGUGGCGCGGCCGGCCGCCGCCAGCAGGGCGCAGGCGCAGUCGCUGCGCCUCGAGGGGGACCUGCUCACCGAGACCGAGAAGAGCGCCCAAUUCGUGGACCACUACUCGCCCGUGGCGCGCCGCCGCCAGCGUCCCCCCAGCGGAGGAGACCCCGAGGGCAGCGGCACCGGCGCGCUGCCCCCGCUAGCUACGGCUGCGCAGCGCCCCGCUGCCGGCAAGCGCUCUGAAGACCAGGCCACCAGGGACCAGCAGGAGGAGAGGCGCCUGCAACGGCUGCAGGAGCAGCGGCGGCAGCGGCAGCUGGAAGAGCAGCAGCGCGAGCAGCAGGCGCGCCUCAUCCAGCUGCAGCGCGAGCUGCGCGCCCGCGCGCCGCCCGCCGGCCUGGAGCCCGUGUUUCCCGCCACGGCACCCGGCUUCCGCGACCAGCCGCAGCCGCAGCCGCAGGCGCAGGCGCCGCUCUCGCGCGGCCUCAGCCUCGACUCGCCCGCGGCGCGCCGCCGCGCUCAGCGCCGCCCCUCGCAGGCCUCCGCCACCGGUGCGGCCCCCGCCACUGCCACCGCCACACCGCCCACGCCGCGCAAAGCCCCCAACAGCCCCGCCCGCACCCCACCCACGCCGCGGAAGGUGCGCGCCCGCCACCAGUACGACAAGUCACCGCCGCACACUCCCAAAAAGUCAACCCCCAAGAAAGCGCCGGCUACGCCGCGAGUGGGCUCCCCGUCGCCGUCGGUGGGCAGUGGGCGGCGGCGGCCCGCGUCUGCGUCUCCCCACAGGCAGCAGCAGCAGCAGCAGCAGGAGCAGGCCAAGGGCGCUAGGCCGGCCGACACGCAGCUCCAGGAUGCCGAGGAGUCCGCCGCCAACCUCCAGUCGCCGCCGCCGCAACCGCAGCCGCAGCCGCAGCAGCUCCUCGCUGUACCCGUCAGUGAGGAGAAGCCAGCGCAGCCGACGCCUGGAGCCGUCCCGCAGACUGCCAGCCUGCCGCCGCUGCCACCGCCGGCUCCAGCUCCAGCUCCAGCUCCAGCUCCAGAGAGCAAGUCUUCCAGCGGCUGCAUCGGCGGCACCACGGACCGCCGGCUCACCAAGCUGCGGCCGGAGCCCGAGGCGGCCGAGAGGCGCCGCCUGCGGCCCGCCGCCCCCGGGGAGGUCUACCGAGCCUUCCACGUCCUCGAGAAGCCCGAGAAGACGGUCACCUUCGAGAUGGAUGUACGGCCGCCCACGAGGGGCCGCAGUGUAUCACGCAGCGGCCGCGGCAGCCGCUGCUCCGACGACCGUGGCAGCUGCUCGCUGGACCGUGCGCUGUCCCCGGGCUACCGGAUGCACGUGCUCAAUGUGGACGACAACGGCAACAGCGCUCCACAGCGUCAGCCAGACGUCGCCUCAACCGACACUGAAGGCACCGCAGCCGCUCCAAGGCCUACCUCGCCCACUGCACGCCGUGCUUCAUCACCACUACCUCUUCCACGACGCCGUGGUAGUCACAUAAGACGUGACAAUGCUAGACAUGCAUUUAUUGUCCUAGAUAAUGAUAAUGGCAACAAUGAUAACGGUAACAACAGUAACUUAAAUAAUAACAACAACACAACCAGAAGUGGAAUGCUUGAUGUUCCUAGAGGACGAGGAGGGUGGGUACCCUCCUGGUAUAAUGCUCCAACUUCCAUUUAAGAAAUAAUCAUAUAGUAUAUGUAGCUCUCUCCUCAUUUGAGAGAAGAAUAUCAUUAUAAUAAAUUGUGGAUGUUGAAGUAAAUCAGUAUUAAUUAAACUCUUUCUCUGUUAAAAUCAAUUCUUCAAUGGAAAGUUACAAAAGAAAUGUAAAGUAUUAUCACACAGAAGUAAAAAGUCACAGAUACAGUUUAACCUGGAGUUCUGAUUUAUUAUUGUGGUGCAUAAUACUAUGCAAAAUGUAUAUAAUACAUGAAUGAGAAACAAUGUGGUGCUCACAGGUGUUAAAAUAGAGUUUUUGACAAUUAAAGGAUUGUACUUAUAAAAUGUAUCUGAUACAUGUAAAAUGUAUCUGAGCAAAGACAUGUUCAUGAGAUGUAGAUCCUCAUUAUGGUGCUGUUUGCUACUGAACUUUUGCUGUCUGAGAUAUUAUUCAUUAAAUUUUUAUGUUAUUUCCGUUUUUUAGUACCACACUGGAUGAUUUAAAUUAUUUUAUCAAGAUAUUACAGUUCUAAUACCCCACUCAGUAGUAAUAAAUAAUUUAACUUCUUGCAUCACUUAUUUUGAGGCUUUUCAUACUGAUGCCUUAUAAUUUGCAACUAUUUCUCUAAUUUAUAUGAACUGUGGUAUUUGAAGCUUCCAAAAUUAAUUUCAGAUCAAAAUAGAACACGUUAUCACAGAACUACUGGUGACCAAGUUUUGGCUGUGUGUACUCUCACUACUAAAAAUAUUGAUUCAGGUCUUUUUUCAAUAAGAAAACAGAUAAGCAUUAUGACCAAAGCACUGAGCUGACAAAUAUGCCACAGUCAUAAAAUUUAGUACUGUGGUUUAAAUGAUUGCAUUUGUCUUUUAUUACAAUUUAUUAUUUUGAUAAGGCAAAAAGUUUCAUAGCAGGCAGUGAGAAAAUUACACAACAUCAUAUUAGACAGUAAUUCUUAUAUUAUAUAAGUAUUAUAAUUUCUAAAUGAAUUAUAUUUCAUAUUAAUGUUGGGGGACCAAGAAGCUUGUGAAAAGUAGAGAUAUGUAUCAUGUAUUACAGGGACAUUUUCAAAUUCAUGCCUUCCACUAACAUAUCGGUAUGAAGUGCUACCAUAAUUUCAUAUUAAAAAAUAGACCAUUAGAGAUGUAAUAAGUAAAAAUGUUAUUCGCAUAUCAUCCAAAAGUAAGGUCUAACAUGAAGACAUGAUUCCCCUCUUUCAUGAAAGAUGUUGAAUUGUAAAUUAAAUAGAAAGAAAACUCUGACUAUCUGGGGAAUGACCAUCAGAUAUUUCUAAUAAACUAUAAAAGUAUCAUAUAAACGUUCUGCAGAUGGAACAGUAUACAAACAAAAAUUUUUUGGACUUCAGUCUACAUCUCUCUUAAAGCAUUGUCUAAAUAUUUAGUAGCUUCACAAGUCAAUGCCAUUACACCAACAAGAAUUACAAUAUCACAAUGCUUUUAAAAAUGAAGCAGCUAGCAGCUGCACUUUAUAGAGCUGUUUGAAGUACCCUUCCUAAAUCAACUAUAAUAGGACCCUUUUGAAGAAUACUUGAAGUAUUUAAUAAGUAACCAGGAAAAAGUGAAAAUGUGUGUCAAAUGUGCCCAUCUGUGUAGAACUGUCUACCAACAAACAUAAAAACUGGCAGUAGUGGGCCUAAACAGAUGAUAAAUACCCAGAUUUUCUUAGUUGAAAUUCCUUUCAUUCACAUCUAUUAUGGAUAAAAGGAAGGUGUGAAAUAGAUGGCAAAAAGAAGUUAUAGUAUUGAGUACGUUGUUUAGAAAUAUAUGUUAUGAAAGAAACAGUGCUUCUCUUUUAUUACCAACAACCUACCAAUAAAGGUUUGUGAUUUCCAAUAUUUUAUGUAACAGCUCCCAUGCCAGUUGUCUUAAAAGUAGAAGGGUAAUCUACAAAUCUAUGGCAAAAGUAUGAAUAUUUUUUUGUAGGAGUGAAAUAAGUACAUAUAAACUGCAUUUACAGAUCCAAGAGUGCACAAAAGAUUCCAAAGAAACAAUGACUAAAGUAAAAUAAAAUGUAAAGCAUUAUGUUUGUCAUUCAAACGAAAAAUUAUUCUUUUGUGGGUCAAAUCACGGGCUGAAGAUUAUACAGUGAAACAUACCAUAAGAACUUCAUGUGUGAAAGAGCUUUGAUGCAUUCUCCUAUAUAACAUUUACUGUACUCUCUGUGUAAUCAUAAUUUCAUAUAAUGUAAAUUACUUAAAAUUUUAUUGUGAGCAAGCUAUUGCCACAUUUGAUGUCAUACCUCUUGAAACAAUAAAUGAAUAAUAAAAAAAACACUAUAUCACAUUUAAAAUUCAAAUGUGAAGGGCUGCUAUUUAUUGAAACAUAUUACAACCUAAUACUCACACAAACUAUGAUAACUGAACUUAGUGAAGAAACCAAAACCGAAUUUCAUCAGGCUGUCAACUUUCCCUAUAUGACAAAUCAUAUUCACACCUAUUCAAAAAGUGCAUAAUGUCAUCUUUUUGUACUUUUUUGAGUGUAUUACCCUUUAUCAUUUUUCUGGCUCACCUGAAACAAUUUUAAGACAACUUUCUUCCCUGCAAUACCAAUUAGAUUUUUUAAUAUCAUUUGAGCUCUUUAAAAGCCAUGAAAAAAUAAAUUCUCCAGGAUUUUUUUAAAUUAUCAGAGCUCUAGAGAAAUAAAUAAAUGAUAUAUGGUCUUCAGUCAGUCAUAAAGUUCAAAAAUCUCAUACACAUAGCUAUGGAAAAUACCUGAAGCAUCUCAUUAGUUUCUCCACAGUAUGGUCCCAUGUGGCCUGUUCAUAGUUCCAAAUCUUUCUUGUUCUUUGACAUGGAACAUUUGAUUUGAGACUGUGGAACCUUGAGAAAAUAUUCUGAAUAUUUUUAAUGAAUCAUUAUUUAUACAAGAGAAAAUAAAAUCACAGUACUGUAUCAAGUCCCGAACUGAUCCUUCCAUGUAUAAAACAUCUUGCCACUUAUUCUUGUGGAAGUUCUUGGACUGUGGUUACCAUAUGCUACACUCAUAAAGUUAAGUCUCCUUAUUGCUAUUGCAAGGAAUUUGUCCAAUGUAAAAGCUCAAAAUAAUUUCGUACUGUCUAUGAAAUUCAGUGUUUGUGCAGAAUUCAGACUAAGUCUAUUUUGCCAAAACCAUCAAAAGAAAAAGUAUUUUUAUUUAAAUGUUUCUGACAUCAAUAGUAUACAGUCUUGUGCUGUAGCAAAUGUCAGGCCACAUGCAACUACAAGUGUUCAAUCAGUCUGGAAAAAUACAAAAUUCUUAAUUAUAUUUCAUUUUUAAACCACUUCCAUUGCUAAUGCAGCAUACGGCCAUUAAUCAUCGAGUGUUCAUAAUGUAAUAUGGUAAGAAUUAAUUGUAAUGUUUACAAUUUCUGCCUAGAUUAAAACAUAUUAAUUGUCAAAUUGCAAAAUCAUAAUAAUAGAUUUGUCCCAUUUACUCCAGGUGCCUAGUUUGUGUGCUGAGAAAGUGAAUGCUAUGUUGCUUGGAAGAAACUCUAAAAUAAUACCAUCAAAUUUCUCUAUAUCAUGAACUUUAAUAAGAAAAUAAAAUAAAAGAAUAUUUUAAUUAAAGUUCAUAACAUUUUGUAAGCUAUGACAUUAGUGCCUUUAAUUUACCCCACAGUGUGUUAUUUGGAUGAAAAGCAUGAAAUGUAUGUAUUUUUGUUCUUCUUGAAAGGUAGUAAUGUAAUUCUCAGAUAAAUAUAAAUAGUAUUUAAUAUGUUAUCUAAGUAAAACUGCCAUUCAUCAACUUUAACUGCCUGAGAACUGCCAAAAGUUAGCUGUAAUGACUUCAGGUAGAGCUUGAGGUUAAAUAUAUUAUUAAAACAAAAGAAGUCUUUUAAAGACUGAAUAGCAGAAAAUGUUUCAAUUUAAGUAGUUUUUGAAGAGAUUUGUCAUUUUUUUUUAGAUGGAGAAAAUGAUUACCACUAAAUAUAUGACAUGUGCUACCUUUUAAGUGGUCAAUUAAGUAGUGAUGAGAAUAGAGAAUGUCUCAAGUCUUGAGUCCUGCCAAUGUACAAUAUCUCUCUCUCUCUCUUUCCAAUAAAACAAGUGUCUACACAUAAUCAUAGAGGUAACCUGGCCAGCAUUUAUUUGAUGAAGUUUUUCUGAUGCUACAAUCAUCACUGAUGGUGUAUGGUAAAUCUCUCUUCUUGCAUUUGCUUAAUGCUUGAAUGUACAUGGUUCCUUAGGAAACAAAAACCAGACACUGGCUAAAUCAAUUACAACAUGAAAGAUCCGUAGAUGUAAUUAAAUACUUCAAAGUUAUCAACAAAGCACCAGUAUGUAUCAACAAGUAAGUUCAGCAGUAAAUUAUUCGAUGAAGUAUGUGGUAUAAACCGAAUAAUGAAAUCUUUGCAUGUGUCAAAUAUAGAGAAUCAAAAACAUUAAUGAAGUCUAACAUACUGAAAUCUUUUUUUUUUUUUUAAAAAAAAGAAAGAGUUAUGUGCUAUAAAGUUGAAUACUUUCAUCAAAUUGUUAUCAUGUUUCUUACUGUUAUUAAGCUUGAUACACUACAUACUGUUACUACCUAUUGCUUUAAUUACAAUGUACUGAAAACAGAGUCUCUGUAGAUAUAUGCUUGGCAAUUGUAUACAGAAAUUCUGUUAAAACAUUAUUGGCAUAUAUGCUUUUAUACAAAAAUUCACCUCUCUUAAGCCACAAAUAUCGUUGAUUGUAUUAGUGGUCUUAUGUUUAGUUAAGGACAAUAGUUGAUAAAAUUGGCAGAGAAAAAUUUUAUAUGAAUGAAGUCUAGAUGCCAUUACUUUUACUAGCCAACAAGUUAGUAUUUUUCAUUCAUUAUUUUAUUAAUUGUGAAGAGUAGUUCAGAAUAGCUGUUUUGUUUCUAUUCUUUGUGUCUCAUCUAUAAGAAUGUAUAAAUUUUAAUGCUUUAAUGUCAUAUUAGAUUCAUCUGUAAUAUAGCAGAUAGUGUUCCACCACUUAUUAUUUCUUUUUAUGGCCUAGAGAUCUUGCAGACAUUAUUGUUUUCAUCUUUUGAUUGAAGGACUGGAACACAAAACAUUUUCUUGAGUUACAUCCUUAAUUUUAUCUGUACGUAGACAUACACAUACUGCACAAAAGUGAAGUUAGAACUUCAUAUUAGAUUAUGAUGCAUGCAUAUGAAACAUCAAAGAACUAAGUGAAUGUAGUAUAGGAAGAAAGUGCAAAAUGUCACAGUCUUCUCUCAACUUACAUGCAGCCUACUGAUGUAUGGAUAUUCCAUUCACAUUAACAUUUUUAUAUGAAUAAAAUCUUAGAAUAUUUUGCCACAUAAAAUGGGGCAACUGGAUGUAUAUAUAAUUCAUCAUCAAACACAAAUUACUUGACAGUUUUGUCAGUGCAGCUUAUCAAAUAUUUAUUCUUCUUAUCAAUACAAUAACCAUUCACCCUUUUCUUAUUUUUUUGGAGUGUCUGAAAGAACAGAUACCACACACAUAAUUAAGGUGAGGCUGGCUAAUGGUCCCUUCAGUGCAGAUGCAGACAAUGUUCAAACUUACAGGAAUUGGCAAAAUGCCGUAAGUAAUGAGAAUAAUGGGCAGGGAUACUAUCUCAGUAGCAUGUGCAUAAGUUAAGAAUUUGGUUCUAAUGGGAGAUGUGCUAGGGUAGUCUGUGCAGUUGCGAUGACCACUGUGCCCAGAUGGUUUAGUGGGCAGAACAUCUGCCUUGUGAGUGGGAGAUCCAGGUUCAAAUCGAAAUCUGGCACAAAUUUUCAACUUUUCCCACUGAUGUAAAUCAAUACUCACUAGCAGUUAAAUGUCAUUAAUUCCUUUGUGCCUUGUUAUAACAUCAUUCUUAACUGCUUGCAGUCAUUUAAUGCCUGAACUUUACACUUCAGCUACAGAGGGAGACUUUGGGCUAUUUGCGGUGUUUAGUUGAGAAGAAAUUUGGAGAAAUAUCACUAGAAAGGAAAAAUGGCAGUGUAUGUCUAAAACAAACAUUUAAAUAGUGUUCUGUGAUAAAUUCUCAGACUGGAUUAAUAACUGAAGUAAGUUCUCACAUUUGAAAAGGUUUUUCUUACCAUCUUUGAUUGCAAAGAAAUGUUGCUCACAAAGUAGCCUCCAGUUGAAGAAACGAGCCAUGUUUAUAACAUACCACCUCUGUGACUGAAGACUGGUUCACUAGCAUUCUCUACCAGUGUUGAUGGCACAUUUUAUUACAUUCCUACACUCAAUUUUUUAUUUUGUAUUGGUUAGGCAUUGUCUAUGAACCAUAUAGAAACAUACUAUUAGCAAAUUCAUCAUUUUUUCAAUAUCUAAUAGGCCCUUCAUGAAAAGUGAUGUUAACAUCCUGUUAUUCAUAGCUUUGCCCUCUGAAGAAAAUAUUUUGUUUUUAGUGUUUGCUGGUUUCUUUUUCAGUGAAUAUCUAUAAAUUCUCUGUGUAUAUCUCUUCCAAUGUUGUCUUGGCUAGCCACCUCUUAAGCAAGAAAAAUUCCUAUUACUACUGAUAGACACAUUUAAAAGUAGAAAAAAACUAUUUUUGAAUCUAUUAGAUUCUUUCUUGAGGAGGAAAGUUGGGUUAAAAAAAAGUAAAAAAAAUUUGGAGGUGAUCCAGGUCGUGCAAGCCCCAGGUGAAAGGUAUUCCAUUGUUGUGAAAAUGAGCAGAGGCAAAGAAUAUGAUUUGGUGUAGCUGUAUGAUUAUUACCACCUUAUCAGAAUUAUAAAAUAAUGAGAAAACUGUCUCUAGUAACUGAAUACUUACGACUUUCGUCUCAUUUUGAUACAAUUGUAAUUAAUUGUUUUUUAAGCUAUCACCUACUAAAAACAUGAUUUAAAUAAUAUAACACUAAAUGUACAGCCCAAAUAGAAACAAGGCCAAACUAUGAGCUCACAUUUUUAGUCAAAGAAAAGAAAGAAUAAAUUAGUGUAAAUGUGAGAAAAUUAUUACUUGAACAAAAGUAUGAAUACAUGAAUACGAACUCAAACAUAAGUGAAAAAUGUAGCAAAAAGAAAUAAAAAGAGAUGGAUUUUACUAUGCAUCACCAUAAACCAAUGUGAGUGUAAAUUUGUAGAAGACAUUUGAAACUGGGCCUUCUGAGUGCCACCAUAUAUUUCAAUUUGAACUUGCACUGCUAUAGAGAGCAUGAAAUCUUCAUUAUGUGAACUUAGAAAAUACAAAUGCUAGUUUUGAGACAUGUGAAUUAAUGACUGUAUCAUAUAGUAGCUUGUGAAAAUUAUUUAAUAGCUGAUUACAUAAUUCUUUAUGUACAAUAUAUUUUUCACAAAAAAAUGAUACUGGAGUUGAAAAAAAGUUAUAGAUCAAAUGUGCCAUAUCUUUCAUCACAGAUAAAAGAUACACAUUGUUACAAUAAUUUUGGAAAUAUGUUCUCAAAGAUCACUAAAAAACUGCUACAAACUUUUCAAAAACCAUAAAUAUUUCAGAAAUUGCAGUUAAUAAUGCUGUAUGGAGUAUCUCCAAAAAUGUGCCACGCCAAUGGAAAUCUUUUAUUACCAUUUGACAUUUUUAUCUUUUAACAAAGUGUUUCUCAAUUUCCGCUCUACUUGACUGUUUGCUUUCUUGUGCACUGUAUUUUGACUAACUCAGUUAUCUUCUUCAGCCUGCAUCUUGUGGUCAUGUGGUAGCGUUCUCGCUUCCCACGCCCGGGUUCACGGGUUCGAUUCCCGGUGGGGUCAGGGAUUUUCUCUGCCUCAUGAUGGCUGGGUGUUGUGUGAUGUCCAUAGGUUAGUUAGGUUUAAGUUGUUCUAAGUUCUAAGGGACUGAUGACCUAAGAUGUUAAGUCCCAUAGUGCUCAGAGCCAUUAUCUUCUUCAGUUUUUAGCACUGGCCAUGUGCUUGCAGUGUAGGCAUUGACCAAACAGUAACAUAGUGCUGUUGUAGCCUUUCUUUUAUUACAACAGAAUUUAUGGACAGAAUUACAAAUGAAAUAGCAGAACAGCUCCAGAGCUGAUCAAAUGCAUGAUGAACUAGAGUCCAACAGAAGAACCCAACAAGAGUCUGAGAAUAAUGUUAAAUAUCCUGUACUCAGUUACAGAAUUAAAGUCCAAUUUGAUUGGUGUAGUAACUUAAAAGAAGUGAUGUACUUUUUAGAUAAGUCAUGAUUACAUCAUACAAUUAUAACCAAUCAUACAGAUAAAUUAUCAAUUAAUCUCAAACUUGUGAUGACAGAUCUCCUCAGCCUUGAAAAGAGAAAGGUGAGGUUAUAAAUACAAAAAAAAAAAGAACAGUAAAUGAGAAGAGGCAUAUUCUAUGCAGUAGAGAAGUUGAAAGUAAAUGACAGAAUACAGCAUUUAGCACUCAAAUGCUGUUAAAGCUAACAUUUUAAUGCACUAAAAUUGGCAGCUACCUGUCUUAAGAACUAUAAUCUGCUAAAUGCUCAACAGCACAGCAAGGUAUGCAGAUGAGGGAAAAAGAAUACAGCAUACAGACAUGAAAACAAUGUAAUAUGACAUAAAAAACAGAAAUCAUGCAAAGAGGUCAGACCAGAGAAACAAAGACCUCAGUUGUAAGAUACAGUAAGGGAGAAGUUGUUUGUUUUGAGAAACUGCACAGUUAAGUUUCAAAAAAUUCUCAUAAAUGAGCUACUUCAGGAUCAUCCAUUGCAGUUUUAUUAUACAACUAAGUCAUAGUUUCCAAAUCUUUCUACAGUAAUGGUAUAUUUUUAAAUCACAAAUUCUUAUUCUUAAAAACACAUCAGUGGCUACUUCACAUUGAUUAGUUGCAAACUGAGUGCACUUAACAUCAGUUACCACUGACUUACAACAAUUUACUUGCUGGGUGAGUGAAAGAAACAUUACUGUGACACCUCUAAAAAAUACAAAUUUACAAGCUCAACAUUGUUUCAGUUAUGAUAUAAAGAUUUGCAAUACCAAUGUUUGAAAUAAUGAAGUAUAACAUCUUAAAAAAUUAAUCUGUGUUCAGUACAAUGUUAAUGGUAGCACUUAACAUUUCUGCCAUCACAUUGUCAAAUAAAUUAAUAUAAACAAUGCUAAGGAACUCAACUUAAUAUUGAGUACUUGCUUACAAAUUAUUCACAUUUACAUUAUGUAACAACUUUUGAACUACACUUGCAUUUAGCAACUUUGUUUUCAUAGCAGUCAUGAGCCCUUUUAAAAGGAUAACAGUUAUGUGAAUCUUGUUAUGGUUCAGAGGAAAAUUUAACAUAUAAAUAAAUGAGGAAUUUACUAAACAUGUAAGAAAACUUCCAACCCAUUGCAGUUAAUUUUCAUUGCCAUAUAAAUAUUAGAAAAUGAGGGAAGAACAUGCAGUAUUCAUACUUCACAAAUUUCAUGUUCUUUUUUGUUUAUAGUUUCACUGCAUGUUACAUUGAGCAACAUUUCUUUAUACUCCUUUUCUAUAGUUCUUUUGAGUAUCAAUAAAGCAAGAUCCUAGUCCAUUCAAAAUAUGAUCCUUCAGCAAAUAGUAGAUAAAAACAUAGUGUAUAUUAACUCCCCACAAGAACUUGCCCUGUGAAUUCAAUCAUUUGUUGUCAAUCUGCUUUUAGUAUUUUUAGUGGUUUCUGAAAUAUUUGAAAUCACAGUAUGUGGAACAAACAUAGAUAUGCUACCUAGUACAUGCUUUAAACAGGAAUUCUGGAUCAUGAUAACACUGAUGAAGAGGAAUUAGAAAUGCAUCUGAAAUUAACAGGAGUCCUCUAAUAUUUCCUUUGCACAACAUCCAGCUUGUGCUGAAAAGAGUUAAUUGCAAUUUUGGGUAAUGUAACUGACAUAUUCUAAUAGAAUGACAACAAAUACAUAAUGAGAGCUUAGUAAUGCCACAUACCUGUGCAUAUUAUAAGAACAUGGAUGUAGAUAUACAAGUAAAAUUCCUCUAAAAUAAGUAGGUGGUUUCCUCUGGAUUCCAGGUAUAAAUUAAUUAGCUUCAUUUAAUAUAUGAUCAUGCUUCAGUCUUCUGUUACUCUCUUGCAUAAAACAAUUGUGAGGAUGCACAGUUAUCUUUUAAUUUUUUUUUCAUUUUUCCUGAUUCUCUCUCUUCUAAGUAUAACCUUAAGAGCUACCCAAACAACAGAAAAUUCAGGUUGAAAUACCUAUAAUAUUAGGAAUAAGAUAGAUUGCUAUUUGCUGUAAAGAUGACCCACUGAGUUGAAGUCAAGCACAAUGAAAAGACUGUCACACAUUACAGGCUUCAGCCAAAACUGUCUUCAGAAAAGAAAGCACACACAUAUAUUCACGAAAGCAAGCACACCUCACACAUACAUGACCACUAGCAUUGACAGAUCUGACAGGAGUCAUUAUGGUCAGAGCUGCCUGUGGUAGCACUCAUGUGUGCAUGAGGUGUGGUCGCUUGUGUGGAUGUGUAUGCAUUCUCUUUGCUGAAGAAGGCUUUGGCCAAAAGCUACAAUGUGUAAUAGUCUCUAUGUUGAGCUUGUAUGCAACUCAAUGUGUCAUCUUUAAUAGCUAACUACAGUUUCCUUGAUGUCUUGCCUGUUGUUAAUAGCAAUAAGAAUCUAAAGGGUAAUAACCAAGAUAAAUAUAUUUACUGUAAUUACAAGAACAGUAUAGUACACUGUCACCUUAUGAAAGAAGCUCUAAAUGAACAACUUAAAGUAGAUAAGCAAAUAACCUUGUUGGCAGUUUGAGGUCACAAGUGAGACAGUAAUGACUUGGAGAUUUAAGGAGAAAAUCUUUCAGUAAAAACAGGAAAUUAAGGGUAUUGCAAAUUACAACACUUAUAACAGACUAAAAUGACAGUAUAAAUUAAAGAAACAAGAAUGUGACUUCAUCCACUCUUGCAUGAUCAUAAGGAUAGACAUCACUGAUGUGGAGCGAGUCAGACAAGGAAUUCCAAACAUAUACAGAAAAUCCAGAGUGACAAUCAUAAUGAGAAUAAUGCAAAUAAAUUUGUGUGUGAAAUUUGAAAAAGGGAUUGAAAACAAGAUUUUAAAAAGCAAACACCAACUGGGAAAAAAGGCUACUGGAAGCAUUCUUUACACACUAUAAGUGUUGUUACGGUAUGCCAGUCGCUAUCUCCAGAACACUUCAUCUGCAGUUUAUUUGGUGAUGAGUGUUCCACAUUUGUAUUAGACAGCAUCUGGUAGUGAAAUAUUGAAACUGACUGAAGUUUACUCACAGUCAUGACAACAGCAUAUGUUUUGCAAUUACUCUGUGUAUGUCAGAGUACAUAAUGUCCCUGACAGAAAUGGACUAAGAAUUAAUAUAAACUUCAGUUUUAAUUGAGGUAUUUAAGAGAUAUGGAGGCUACCUGAAAAAAUUAAAUUUACUUGCAACUGUUACUAACAUGCUCUAGUGAGCUGGAAUGGAUGUCUGAAUAUAUUCCUCCUGUUACUUUUUGUACAUGACAGACAGUAAAGAGCCAUUACGUCAUCCCCUAACACCGAACAAGAGCUUUCCACAUUGUACCCAGAUAUGAUACUUCCCUAACUUUCAAGAAUUAUUACAGUGUUUAUUGAAAUAACUACUCUUAUAUGAUGUUUCACUUCCUCAUAUGCUGUACCAGCACACCAUUAUUACCUGAGACAGGACUAAAUUAUGGUAUUUUUUUAGCCAGUAAAAGUUCCACAAAGCUAAUUACCCAAAAUACCAUCAAUAACUAUUAUUGGUUUUUUAAGAGUUUAGGCAGCAUUCUACAAAAAAAAGUUUUCAUGUAUAACCUUACCAAGAAAGAAAAUCCAUCAUACAAUGUAUAUAUUGGUUGAAAAAAUUUCACAAGGAAACUACAAAGAAGAAAGUUACAUAUGUAUGACAUUUAAUGAUGGUGCUUGAGAUAUUAUGCCAUGUUUUGCACAAAAUUACUUUUAUACAGCCAUAAAAAUAAAAAUAAAACUGACAUAAAAUCUAUAUUGGGACUGAUAAAUAUGACUAAACCAUUUCAAGUACAAGAAAACACUCAAAAGACUAGGAUGGAAUAUACAGCUUUCACAGUGAGUUUAAGAGUAAGGCACAAAAAGGUAAACAUAUAUGAAAAUGCUGACUCACACAACUCACAUUUAAAUAAAUUACGUGGGUUAAAGAGAUUACUGAAAUUUUUUGUAUGACUUCCAGUGCUUAGUUUCAUGGAGAAAAAUGUAGAAUACUGCUGACAGUCACAUACAAAAGCAAGUGGGAUUGAUCACAUUUUUCUAGUUAUAUUCUCUUUCAAACUCAAUUCACUACUAAUUUAUUGAGGAAUGAUAAUACAGACAUCGCAUUUGCUGUCACAAGUAAACUUCUUGUCACUAAAAUUGAAACUGAAAAGGUCUUAUAACACUACAGUGUAAAAUAACAGUGCAACAAUGCUGUAUGUAACACUAAAGAGCUACAUCACUAUCUGUAUUCCCAUUAAUACCAAUAUGAUGUGAGUGAGGUUAUUUACUAAAAUGGGGACAAUAAUUCAGUUUGACAAACAUGUAUCUGUAUUUUUUGUGCCAUAAAUAAAGUGAAAAUGAGACACAGUAACAAAACGUGAACCCAUGAUAGCAAUUCAGUCCACUAACUAUCUGAAACAUAGUCUUUAUUUAAAAAUUAAUGUCAUGGUGUGGUAAUACUCUAAGUGAGAAACAUACUGCAAGAUUACAAUUUGAAAUGUUUUCAGAGUUGUAAUUCAUUCAAUUUGUUUCAGCUUGUGUAAGUUUGCAACUUUGAGUUUUCUUUUUCUCAUUGAGUAGUUAAAUGCCCCUCGCCUGUCAAAGGCACUACAACAACAUGCUACAAGGGAAGAUAAAUUGCAUACAUGAUUUGCAGAGAAGACAGUCUCUUACAGUCAUUAUUUUCUGUUUUUGUUAAUUUUAUUUUUAACAAAAUGUGUUCACAAAUGUCAGUUAAUCUACUCAUACAAGACUGGAAAUCGAUGCCUGGUAUAGAGUAGCCAUGAUUAUCUUUCUGUUUCCUCUCAUUGAUAAAAUAUCUUGCUGGCAGUAUUUGAAAUAGUCAAAUUGUCCAGUCUCCAUAAAAAACAGUGAAACUUACUGCUUCACUAUUAAUUUAACAUUCAUGUUUAAGAAAUAAAUUUAAAAUGGCAAUUAUUACAAAUAUAUUAGAAUGAAAUAAUGUAAUGUUAAACUAAAUCUCAGAAUUGCAUGUAAUUUCAAUGUUAGCAUAUGUCAAUGCUCAUAUGCUGUAUGAAUUAACUUGGAAUUAGUGUGGUACUCAAUGAAAUUCAUGUCAUCAAUGUAUUUAGUCAGAUAUGUUGUGCUUUGUGUUAGUUUCAUUUUACUGUACAGGUACUAGUUUUAGUUGAGAUGAUAAAAGUGUGAGACCUAAUCCUUUCCAGCUGGAUGUACUCUUCAAGACUAUUAUGUGAUUGCUAAUAAAUUACAAAUUAGGUAUGUCCUUUAAAAACAUGUUGAAAAAGGUAAAUGUUAACUAAAAACUUGAUAUGUAUCCACUGCUGCUAUUACAUUUAGGAAAGUAAUGAUAUAUGUGAACUUGUUGUGUACCCAAACAAAACCUAUUCCCAUGUUACUAGAGAAAGAUGUUUUAUGGGAGAAGGAAUCCUACUGAAGAUUGUACAUGUUAAGUAUUGACUAUUGUAUAUGUACAGCAAUUAAUCAUUGCUAAAAGUUAAGUGUGUUGAAAUAAUCACUCCCUCUAAAUGUAAUGAAGCAUCCUGUUUCCCAGUAUGUUGAUGUACCUCCUUAUGACUAAUAGAGUAACUGAAACAAAGCAGUUCUUCAGAUCCUGGUAAUAGUAAUACUACCACUUUAUAAUUUCAGUUAGAUAAAACAGAAGUUUUCAGUAUAAACUGAUCAGAUUUUAAGGCUGGCUGUUCCAAACAUCAAUGAACACUUCAUUUAUAACACCAAUCUCAUAAAUAUGUUUGAGUCAUCAUGUGAAAACAAUAUCAAACAAAACAUAAAUGAAAGAUAGAUAUGCUGGUCACAUCGUUUUACAGACAGUUCAGAAACUGCUUUUGUUUCCUGCUCUGCAGAGGAAACUCCUCUCUCUAUCCUAUUUAUGUAUAAUAUUAUGUAUAUGAGAAUGCAUAAACCCUUCCAGAAAGCAUUUAUUGUAGAAACCCCUACCACAGUGUAUAUACAUAUGAAAAAAUAUAUGUCUAUAUUAGUAGC